AUGACGUAUGUUCUUGAUCUUCAAGAGGAGACAGGUAUGAUGGGGAGUAAACCAGCAAAUACUCCAAUAGAGUUGAAUCAUUGUCUCCAGGAACCGAUUGGAGAGGACUACCCUGAUAAAAAAAGAUACCAAAAGCUAGUGGGAAAAUUGAUAUAUCUAUCUCUUACCCGACCUGAUAUAGCUUAUGCAGUGCAUGUUGUUAGCCAAUUCAUGCACCCUCCCAAGAUUCCUCAUAUGAAAGUAGUUGAAAGGAUCCUCAGGUAUUUAAAGACAUGUCCAGGGAAAGGAGUUUUGUUCAAAAAGCACAAUAAAAUUGAAAUUAAGGCGUAUACUGAUGCAAAUUGGGCUAGAUCAAUUGGAGAUAGGAAGACUACUUCCGGAUAUUGCACAUUUGUUGGAGGGAAUUUGGUUACUUGGAGAAGUAAAAAGCAAAAUGUGGUUGCAAGAUCAAUUGCAGAAGUUGAAUAUCGGGUUAUGGCACAUGGUGUUGCAGAACUAUUGUGGCUUAGGACCCUCCUUGGGGCAAUUGUUUGUGGCGCAUGCCUCAUGAACUAUGAGGCGCAAGGUGAAAGGCGUAUGCCUCCACAUGUCUCAGGCUUAAGCCUCAUAGAUGAAGAUUGA